CGCGCCUCGAAUCGCCUCCCAAGGGCGCUUUUGCGAGGGAAGAGCAUCGGAAAAGAGGACGGCGCCCAUUUUUCCCGCCGUCGGGGAAAAGUUGUCCGGUAGAUGUUCUGCAAGGGUCGGCGCAAGCAGUUCAAGGGCCGCCCGUCCUGCAGUUGACUCCUUCCCUUCCUACGUAGCUACUCAAAGCACCUGUAGCCCGUAUCCUCCGGCUGGCCGUUCGCUCGCUCGCUCGCUCGCCCGCUCUCAGCAUGGUGGAUUUGUUCAACGGGCGGAUCCUCGUGAACCUGGAGGGCGGCUUCGUGGACCCCGAGCAAGCUUUGGAGAACAAAAUCGUGGGCUUGUACUUUUCGGCCGCCUGGUGCUCCCUCUGCAGAGACUUCACCCCCACGCUGUGCGAUUUCUACAGCGAAUUGGUGGAUGUCGUCACUCAUCCGGCCCCUUUCCAGAUCGUCUUCAUCUCGUCCGACCGCAGCCGGGAAGAAAUGACGAGCUUUAUGUACAAGAUGCACCCGGGCUGGCUGGCCUUGCCCUUCCACGACCCUCUUAAACAUGAAUUGAAGAAGAAAUACAACAUAACAGCCAUUCCCAAACUGGUGAUUGUUAAACAAACUGGAGAAGUCAUUACUGAUAAAGGGAGAAAGCAGAUUCGUGAGAGAGGGCUCAACUGUUUCCAGAACUGGCUUGAGGGGGCUGAUAUCUUUCAGAAUUUUUGUACCUGAACCAAAAUAGUAUUUUCAGACUUAAACAAAAUAAUAUCUUUGCUAUCUGCAAUUAGACUUAGAGGAGAAAUUACAUUCUCCUUUUUUAAUGUUGACUUGCUUAAUUUUGAAUCCUACAUGGCUGGAAUAAUUAGUCAUAUAUGAGUCUUUCAUAGUUUAUAUUGUCGCUAUUUAUAUUUUUAUUACAUAGAAGAGACAAAAGUAGUCUUACUAUUGAAUUGAUAAAUUUGAUUGAUAAUUGGUUAUCAGAUUGAUAAUUUGAUUAAAUUGCUAAUUUAUUUAAUAUGUCUAUAUUUAGCUCUUUAAAAGAGUGCUAUCUUAAAUCUAUGCAAGCACAUUAUCUUCGCAAAGACAAAAAAUUUAUAAAGAAAAUAUAAUUCUCAAAAAAUGCAGUCUUUUUGCAUGUAGAUUUAAAAUGUAUAUACUGGUAUAAUAAAAAAAUAGUUUUAAUAAAUUUAUAAUUUAACUGUCUUUGCUUUUUGUGCAACAAACAAUUGAAAACUUUUUGUCUAAUGUUGUUACUUGCUAAAGCUUAAUGUUUGGGGUACAACUACUCUUGAUCAUAAAAUCAGCUGCAUUGUUCUACUUGCAAGAUUUUCAUUCCUUUUACCAACUGGGAUCGAAGGCUCUUCACCAAACUGUCUAUAUCAGCGUUUCUCAACAUUGGCCACUUGAAAAUGUAUGGAUAUCAAGUUCCAGAAUUUCUCAGCCUGCAUGAGAAACACUGUUUUAUAUUUAUUGGAUUGGUUUAUCUCUUCAAGGCUGAGUGAUCUUUGACCAGAUUGAGGAAGGCUGCACUGAUGUAUUAUUGAUGAAAUUCAAGUAAAUGGUAGCUUUUAGGUAACCUUGAUUAAUGUGGAAAAGUUGGAUUUGCUUGCUUUUCACUUGUAGUUGGGGUGGUCUGGGACAACGAUAGGUUACAAGGUAAGGGUAUCACGACAAAGUGCAAAUUUAGCCCUUUUUUUUUCAUCUGUAGAAUUUAGACUUUUACUGGGAAAAAAAGCUAGAAACAUAUAGAAGUUUGUUUCCAGUAUAUUUAACGGGCAGGAAUGGGAAACCUUUGAAACAUUCAGAGACUCACACAGUGCUGUGUGUUCUUGGUUGUUCAUGUAAACCCAUUUCACAUAUUGCUCAUAUCUCCUUUAUACGAUUGCUUUACAAACUACACCUGGAAAGCACACCAUUCAGACUAGAGAUGUGCAGGUUCAACUGGCUUGGAAAAACAGCAAGCAAUUAACCUUCACAAACUAAGUUGUGUACCUUGCAUAAAGAUGGCUAUAUAACAGGUCCCUCACUCUCAUAGCAAUUUUGGGAGGUUACAUUGAUAGUAAUACUUCUCUUGUAAAAUUCAUAUCUCUCAUGUUGUU